AAUGUUAUUCUACUGGUCUGCAUUUGCUCUGAUGGUUUUAGAGAAAAGAAUAACGGAGUCGAGGCAAUUCAUCAGUAGACCACAAGCUAUUCAGGGGUGUGACUACAGUCACUGGGGUCUAUAUAUUGAGAUGUUUGGUCCGGUGGUACUGGCUUUAUGUGAAUGAGAGACAAGCUGCCCAGUAAAAAGUCAACACAGUAGGACAGUGCGCUUCCUCACUUGGACACUCUAUGCUCACAGACGCCACAAUGGAUUCCCGUUUUCGCGCACUUUGCAUGACUUUUGUUCUGGCAUCGUUCACCCGGAGGUCAGGUGCGGUCGGACCGGUUAUCAGAUGCGAGCCAUGUGAAGCUGGAGCGCGGCUUUUGUGCAAACCUUUACCCAAGGACUGCGCUGAGAAAGUCCGCGAACCGGGCUGCGGCUGCUGCAUGACUUGCGCUCUGAGCUUCGGCCAGCCGUGCGGCGUGUACACCGGGAGAUGUGGCUCCGGACUGAGUUGUCAGCAUCAGCCCGGUGAGACGAAACCUCUGCAGGCUCUGCUGGAGGGACGGGGUAUUUGUGCAAACGCUACAAACAAACGAUUUAACGCCAGACCAACACCUCCAGUCAAUGAACUGCCAGAGAAUAUUGAGCCUCAGGACGAGGAGCGGAAUUCCACCGGCUCAGGCCAUCGGACCUUUUCCAGCACCUACAGACCCAUGUUGGGACCCGUGAGACCUCCUCUUCACCCCUUUUUCCCCUCUGCCAAGUCGGAGGUCCUUGGACGGGAGCAGCAGAAGAAAACCCAGAGCUUUAAAAUGGAGGAGCUUCCAGGACCACUUAUCACAGACCAACAAAACUUCUCUCUGGAGACAAAACAGGAGCCUGAGUAUGGUCCCUGUCGGAGAGAGAUUGAGAGCAUUCUCAGCAACCUCAAGAUUGCAGAUAUUCUCAACCCCAGAGGUUUUCGCAUACCAAACUGUGACAAGAAGGGCUUCUAUAAGAAAAAACAGUGUUGUCCAUCCAAAGGCAGAAAGCGAGGCUUCUGUUGGUCUGUGGACAAAUACGGGCAUCCUCUGCCAGGUUUUCAUGGGAAGGAGCGAGGCGACGCCCAGUACUAUAACUCCGAGAGCCAAUAGGAGCAGGACCAAGAUGGAGGGAAGGUGGGAGUGAGAGCAAGAAGAAUUGUAAACAAAUGGAGACACUGAGGAUAUUGGGAGAGAGGUCAAAAGAUGGCUCAGCCGAUAUGUGGAUGUUUGCUUUCUCUAUCUGUUGCCUGUGGGACCUUCUUCAGAGGCAGAGCAUAAGGAACAGAGGAAGAGUACUGGGGGGG